UGAAGAAUUGGAUGAAUGUUUCUCUGGGGAGACGUGGGGUCAAAACCCUUUAGUUCCAAGGGACAAGGAGCUCUGAGUCUGGGCUCCUGGGUGCCUGUGAAGGGCUCCGGGUGGCAGGAGCUCCCAGUUCUUGGCGCCAUGAGCACCACCGCUGGCCCAGAAGCUUCCCCAAAACGGAGUGCCAAGUCUAUCUAUGAACAGAGGAAGCGUUACUCCACUGAGGUUAUGGCCGACGUUUCCCACUAUCCAGUCAAUCACCUGGUGACCUUCUGCCUGGGUGAGGAGGAUGGUGUGCACACAGUGGAGGACGCCGCCCGCAAGCUGGCCCUCAUGGACAGCCAAGGCCGCGUCUGGGCCCAGGACAUGCUGUUGCAAGUGUCUCCCAAACACGUGGCACUGCUGGACCCGGUCUCCAAGGAGGAGCUGGAGUCGUACCCGCUGAGCGCCAUCGUGCGCUGCGACACGGUGACACCGCCGGGCCAGAGCUGCUCACUGCUGCUGCUGGUGUGUCAGGAGCCCGAGCGCACGCAGCCCGACGUGCACUUCUUCCAGGGCCUGCGUCUGGGGGCGGAGUUGAUCCGAGAGGACAUCCAGGGGGCUCUGCUCAACUACCGCUCCGGCCGCGGGGAGCUCAGGGCGGCUGCGCUCAGGGCCACGCGAAAGGAGCUGCAGCGCCACCCCUCGCCCGCCGCCGAGACCGCACCCCUGCAGCACCGCCCUUCGGUCCGCGCCGCGAUCAGCACGGUGGAGCCGGCCGCGGGCCGCGGGCGACCCCAGGCGGAGCCCAUCCCAGAGGCGCAAGAGAAGCGAAGGCCCGGCCGGGCGGAGGUCUGCAGCAGCGCCGACCCAGCCUCUCGGGACCUGGACCCCCGCGGCCCGGACCUGGCCAGUCUGCAGGCGGAGCGGGAGGUGGACAUCCUGAACCACGUGUUCGACGACGUGGAGAGCUUCAUAUUGAGGCUGCAGAAGUCCGCCGAGGCGACCCGAGUGCUGGAGCACCGAGAGCGCAGCCGCAGGACCCGGCACCGGGAGGCCGGGGAGGGCCUCCUGACGCUGCGGGCUAAGCAGCCCUCAGAGGCCGAGUACACCGACGUGCUUCAGAAAAUCAAGUACGCCUUCAGCCUGCUGGCCCGGCUGCGCGGCAACAUCGCCAACCCGUCCUCCGCGGAGCUGCUGCACUCCCUGUUCGCACCCCUGCAGAUGAUUGUGGACACCUCGGGCGGCCCCCAGUUGGCGAGCGGCGUGCGGCGGCCGCAUCUGACUUCCGAGGCUGUGGCGCUGCUGCGGGACAACGUCACCCAACGUGAAAACACGCUCUGGACCUCGCUGGGGGAUGCCUGGACCCGCCCUGGGAUGGAGCUGCCCCUAGAGGAGGGACCUCCAUACAGACCUGAGUUCUACAGCGGCUGGGAGCCCUCAGCCAUGGACCCACAGGGCUGCGCCUGGGAGGACCCAGUAGAGAAGCAACUACAGCAUGAGCGGCGGCGCUGGCAGCAAAGCGCUCCCCAGGUCGCUGUCAAUGGUCACCAAGACCAGGAACCAGAAGCUGAGCCCCCGGGGCCAGAGCCGGCGGGAAAGUGGGUCCUAAGUAAUUAUGACUUCCAGGCGCGCAACAGCAGCGAGCUGCCCGUCAAGCAGUGGGACAUACUAGAGGUCCUGGAUGACCAGCGCAAGUGGUGGAAGGUUCGGGACCAGCGGGGGCAGGAGGGAUAUGUACCCUAUAAUAUCCUGACACCCCACCCGGGGCCGCAGGGCGGCCGCAGCCUGGAGAAUAGCACUCCCUUUCCCCCUCCACCACCAAUGUCAGCCCCGGCUCCGACUCCCCCUCCCCCACCUGCGCCAGUCCUGGCUCCGGCUCCCCCUCCCCUACCAGCGCCGGCCCUGGCCCCGGCUCCCCGACCCCGACCACCGCAGACCCAGGCUCCGGCUCCGGCUCGGUCUCCCUGGGACAGCUGCGAAAGCCUCAACAACUCGGACUCUGGCAAGAAGGAGAAGUUCUCCCAGAUGCUCAGUAUCAACGAGGAGCUGCAGGCACGCCUGGCCCAGGGCCUCACGGGCCCCAUCCGCGCAGCCCCUGGGCCCCGCACCCCGGAGCCGCAGCUUAGCCCGCGCUCCAGCGCCUCAGAGGUCCGCGCCUGGCUGCAGGCCAAGGGCUUUAGUUCAGGGACCGUGGCCGCGGUGGGCGCGCUGACAGGCGCGCAGCUGUUCUCGCUGCAGAAGGAGAAGUUCCGGGCGCUGAGCCCCGAGGAGGGGGCGCGCGUGUACAGCCAGGUCACGGUGCGGCGCUCGCUGCUGGAGGACGAAGAAAAAGUAUCAGAGCUGGAGGCGGUGAUGAAGAAGCAGAAGAAGAGGAUGGAAGAGGAGGUGGGAACGGAAGUCAUUUGAUCCUUACUCGCCCCUCCGCUAAAAGUUUCGAGGCAGCCCCGCGAGAGAACGGACUCUGCAGACUGUCCCCACCCAUGGAAGUAGAUCCCUCCGGGGAUCGCCGACCUGUUCCAGCCGCGGUCUUACCCCGUCCUUGCUGGAGUCUCCUGAGGGAGCGCUUGGAGUGGCCCAGAGCGGGCAUAGACAAUUUAGGGGAAGCCCUGUGCAAUGUGGUAAUGCUGCCCGGUCUAUAAACAGCCUCCUCUCAGUAGGUGGUGUCAACUUCUGUCCCUUCUCCAACCGGGUACCAGCGGCCAGGAAUCUGCCUCUCACCCCAGCUACAGCCUCCCAGAAAAGGAAUACAGGAGAUGUCCCCACUCUCUUUG